GCCCCUCGAGUCCUCGACCAAAGCUUCGAUCUUCAAAGUUCCGUCGGCCAAACCCGACCCAUAGAAAACGGGCCAAUUUUUUGGGUAAAAGCGGGCACCGUCUUUGUUCAUCUCUACCCGAAAGUCCAAAGCACACACUUGCACAGCAAGUGUUCGACAAUAAGUCUAAGCGAGUUAAAACAGAUUAAAGUUCAAAAAAUUUCAAUUUCUCUCUCACACCAAACCAACUUCUUCUCCUCCAAAUAACCCAUCUCCUUGCAUUCAGUCGCAAAGCAAAGGAAUUCACUUGAAUUGAAUACGCAGCAAUUGUAAGUCUGUGAUGCCCAUUUUAGCUUCUUCUGUUUCUGUUUCUGUUUCUAGGGAAACAAAGUCCAUUAAAACUCUAUGUGCAAUUGUAUUAAAGGGUAAUUGGAAUCAAUUUCUCAAACCCCAAAUUGGUUCUAGUUUGAGUUCUGUGAAAGUAGAGAAAAUAUUAUCACAUCUUUCAUUAGGUUAUUAUGAUUCAUGGGUUUUUUAUCAAUGGGUUGAACAGAUUCCUGGGUAUAAGCAUUCCCUUCAAUUUACUUGGUCUAUGGUUCAUUUGCUGACAAAACAUAAUCACUUGAGAAUUGCACAGAACCUGCUUCAGAAGAUUUCUCUUAAAAAUUAUUUAUCUUCCCCCACUGUUUUGAAUGCCCUUGUUGUUGCCCAUCAUGACCCGGGUUCGAAUUCGCAGAUUUUGAGUUGGUUGGUGAUAUAUUAUGCUGAUUCUAAGAUGACCCAGGAUGCAAUUCAGGUGUUUGACUACAUGAAAAUUAAUAGGAUUAAACCUCAUUUGCAUGCUUGUACUGCGCUUUUGAGUUCUCUUGUGAAGGUGGGGUUGACUGCUACCAUGUGGAAGAUGUACAAUAGGAUGUUGAAACUUGGGAUUGAUCCUAAUAUUCAUGUGUAUAAUGUGUUGCUUCAUGGUUGUUGCAAGUCGAAGGAUGUGGGAAAGGCAGAAGAGUUGAUGAGUGAGUUGGAAUUCAAGUGCAUGUUGCCGGAUCUUUUCACUUACAAUACAUUGAUUUCUUUAUAUGUGAAGAAUGGUAAACAUUAUGAUGCUCUGUCUGUUCAAGAUAGGAUGGAAAAGGCUGGUGUGGCACCAGAUAUUGUGACUUAUAAUUGCAUCAUAUUUGGAUUUUGUCGGGAUGGUAGGAUGAGGGAGGCAUUGAGGCUUUUUAAUGAAAUUAAGGGCGCAACUCCUAACCUUGUGACGUAUACCACUUUGAUUGAUGGAUAUUGUCAAGCAAAUGACCUAGAGGAAGCGUUAAGGUUGUGCCAUGUAAUGGAGGCUAAACGUAUAUAUCCAUCAGUUGCUACGUACAAUUCGAUUCUGCGCAAGUUGUGUGAGCAGGGGAGGAUAAGGGAUGCAAACAAGCUCUUGAAUGAGAUGAGCGAGAAGAAGGUAGAACCUGAUAAUAUCACAUGCAAUACAUUGAUAAAUGCUUACUGCAAGAUCGGAGACAUGGAGUCUGCCCUAAAGGUCAGAAACAAGAUGUUGGAAGGGGGGUUGAAGGUGGACCAAUAUACUUUUAAGGCGCUUAUACAUGGUUUCUGCAAUGCUAAAGAGAUCGAUAGAGCAAAAGAGCUUCUUUUUGAAAUGCUUGAUGCGGGUUUUUCUCCUAGUUUUUGCAGUUAUUCCUGGAUUGUGGAUGGUUACUGUUACCAUGAUAAUGAGGAGGCAGUAGCAAAUCUGCCAGAUGAGCUUGCAGGGAGAGGUCAUUUUGUUGAUAUAUCGGUGUAUCGGUCUCUUAUUAGAAGUUUGUGUAAGAAAGAUAAGAUUGAAUUGGCUAAAAGAAUUUUUGAUUGUAUGGAAGAGAAAGGAAUCAAGGGAGACAGUCUAGUAUACACCAGUUUGGCAUUUGCUUACUUUAAACGAGGAAAGGGAAGAAUAGCUUCGGAGUUAUUAGAUGAGAUGUAUAGGAGGAGGUUAAGUGUAACUUUAAGAAUAUAUAGGUGCUUCAGCCCUUCUAGAGUUAGUGAUAGCAACUUAUUAGGGGUUUUUUGUGAUCACUUGAAGGAGAGAAAGCUUAUCUCAAACAAUGUUUACAAGCACAUGCAAGACCUUAACUGAUCUCCCAUUGAGCUGAAUGGCCUUUGUUUCCUAAUGUUUCUGUGCAACAUGUUGAAAUUUGACAGAAAUACCGUCUUUAGGACAAGAAUGCCAGGAUCAAGCUUUCUUGCUGGAGUAUAUCUCAACUCCCUCCUUACCAGGUGAAGAAAAGUACUGUUCCGGUGUUGAAACAAUGGGAUUCGGAUGAAGGCCCUAUUCGUUGAUGUGGAAGAUCUUGCGUGCGUGGUUAAGUUGUGUCCGAAAAUACCUGCACAAUGAGAAAAGUAACUGGCCUCGGAGGUGUUCCGAGGAAAGCCCCUCUGAUGCCUAAAAUUCUCUCAAAAUUCCGGCGAUCUUGCGUUUCGGAGUUCUUUAGAUCUUCAUCUCUUGGUCGACCUUCAUACUCUGGAACUCACUCCAAUCGUUUUGUCGGCGAAUUCCGCUUCGGAGGAAGAUGGAAAGUUGCUAUUCUAUUAUGCCGUUGGUUGUUGCCGAGACUUUGCUGAGUGCGGAUGAAUUGAAGAAGGAUGCCAAAUCUGAAUAUUUUAAGGGGAGCCCCCUAUUGCUGCAGAUUUGGCUCAUGGAACGACUUAGGCUUUUAGAAACUUCUGCCGAUCCUAAACAUUAUCGUCCUAUAGCCUUGGGUAAUCGAAAGUAUUUGCACCGAGGCCAGGACGAGGCCGAGUGGGCUUCCUUUUUUACUCAUGGUAUCUGUUCUAUUAAGUGGGUGGUACUGUGGUGGGGUUUGACUACUAUGACGGGGGGUUCUGAUGUGUCAGUUUAUGUAUCUUUGCUGGGGCUAUCUCGGCCCAUUUAUAUCUUUCCUUACCGAGUCAUGCGUCAAUAUGGCUUAAGGCAGACUAUCCCAUUUUCUGAUACAGUACCACCUAAAGUAGCGGCCUUUUCACAAGCACGGGUUCAAGCAUGGGCUAAAUAUUAUGAUGGUCUCCCGCGUUGGGCUGUGGCUACAAAUGGCUUUGUGGGUCUUUCCGAAAACUACAAGUUAUGGAUGAGUUCCGAUGAUAAAGUUGUGAGGACCGAGGCUCGAAAUGGUGAGCCGGCUGAGCUUUUGAUACCUCGUAUUCGGGUUAGGUAUGAGGGCCGCGAUUCUGCCAAUCCUCGCACCCAUGGUAUUAAGACUGUGAAAGCUCGUCCUGAUCGAAAGCGAAAGGAAGUUCCUCCCCGUUCCAAUUCUAGGCCUAAGAAGAUGCCUAACAUGAAGGGGCCUGCCGUUGCUAAAAGAAAUGCAAGCUCUCGCGGAGAUCGUUGCCGGAACAAUGUAUGGGUUAGGAAAGUUCAGCCGCUAGUAGAACCAGUGACUAAUCCAGUUGAUGUUGAUAAUCCUUCCCCCACCAUUGUUUGUGCCCUUGAGGCUAAGCGGGCUAUAACGGUUCAAACUGAGAAUGUUUCUGAGGCCUUGGCAUCUUUGGAAGUUAGUGUCCAGGAGCCGGUUCUUAUGGAGAUUGAUAUAGGGGCAGCGCAGAAACCUGUGGAGGUGGACCCUGCGAACAUUGCGCUCUACAAGACUUUAUUUGAUGAUCCGGAAGAACUAGAGUAGUGUAGUUCUUGCUAGGGUGUAGGUGCCCUUUAUUUAUUUCAGUUGUGUUUGUUUUUCAUUCCUUAGCACUUUUGUUUUCCUUCUUAUCAUUUUUUAAUAAAGGCGUAUUUUAUUUUUACUUUCA